GGAAACUUUCGGUGGUGAUCAGACCCAAGACCCGAAGCUUUAGGUUGAAGAUAUUUCGGCAUUUUUGCUAAACUAGCAGAAAGGGUUUAAUGGUUCGUAUGGAUCGAAAGUUGGUAGUGGCGAUCGUUUUGUUGAUCGCCGCCGGUGCGACGGCGGACUAUGUUCGGCCGAAGCCUCGGAAAACUUUAGAUUUUCCUUGGAAGAAGAAGCAUUCGUCUCUUCCUCAGCAGGUUCACAUCUCUCUAGCAGGAGAAAAGCACAUGCGUAUCACAUGGAUCACUGAUGAUGCAUCCUCUCCUUCUGUUGUUGAAUAUGGAAUAUCACCUGGAAAAUAUACAGCCUUAGGUCAAGGAGAAACCACAUCAUACAGCUACUUGUUCUAUAGCUCCGGAAAGAUACACCACACUGUCAUUGGACCUUUGGAAGAUGAUACAGUUUACUUUUACCAGUGUGGAGGAGAAGGUCCAGAGUUCAAGCUUAAGACUCCGCCCUCUAAGUUCCCAAUUACAUUUGCCGUGGGAGGAGACCUUGGUCAAACAGGCUGGACUGUGUCAACUCUUGACCACAUUGGCCGGUGUAACCAUGACAUGUAUCUGCUUCCUGGGGACCUCUCUUAUGCAGAUUACCAGCAGCACCGAUGGGACACAUUUGGUGAGUUGGUGCAACCCCUUGCAAGUGAAAGGCCAUGGAUGGUAACUGAAGGAAACCAUGAAGAAGAGAGUAUACCACUCUUUAAGGCAGGGUUUGAAUCAUAUAAUGCCAGGUGGAAGAUGCCAUUUGAGGAGAGUGGAUCAAAUUCGAAUCUUUAUUAUUCUUUUGAAGUUGCAGGAGUUCAUGUUAUCAUGCUCGGCUCUUAUGCAGAUUAUGAUCAGUACUCAGAUCAAUAUAGCUGGCUGAAGGCUGAUCUUUCAAAAGUGGACCGGAAUAAGACACAAUGGCUGAUAGUGCUAUUUCACGCUCCAUGGUAUAACAGCAAUAAGGCUCAUCAAGGGGAGGGAGAUGAUAUGAAGGCUUCCAUGGAACCUUUGCUUCAUGCUGCUGGUGUGGAUAUCGUUCUUGCUGGCCAUGUACAUGCUUAUGAACGCUCAAAACGUGUCAACAAUGGAAGACCAGACCCUUGCGGAGCUGUCCAUAUAACUGUAGGUGAUGGAGGCAACAGGGAAGGUUUAGCACAGAGCUACAUAAACCCAGAACCAGAGUGGUCUGCAUUCCGUGAAGCAAGCUUUGGUCAUGGUGAGCUCAUGAUUCUGAAUGCAACUCAUGCAUCCUGGAGCUGGCACAGGAAUGAUGAUGAUGAGCCUGUAAGAUCAGAUCAAGUGUGGAUAACAUCAUUGCUCAGUUCAGGUUGUCUUGCUGAAAAGAGUCAUGAAUUCAGGAAGUUCCUUACGGCACCAUAGAAAUUGGAACAUCUCUGGUAUUCCCUUUAAUAACUAAUAUAAAAUGUGCAAGAUAGGGCUUUAUGUAAAUAUAUGUGGUGAAAGAAUAUAUCAUAGUAUUGUGCAACUUUGUAGUUUGUAUUUCAAUUAAUAGAUUGAGAGAGAGAGA